UUGAAUAAUCACGGAAAUCACCAAAUAAAAAAAUCACGCCGCUCAGGUAGUCCUGGGGUGGUUGAUCUGUGAUAAAAAAGUAGUCGUCUGAAAGGGAGCAUCUGUUCCGGGUUGGAGUCGUCCCCAGCCCAACGGUUUUCGUUACUCCGACGACCUAACCACUAAAAAAGCCAAUACCCGCUAUAACCUCCACGUCUGGUAACCUUGAACAAAUGACAGUUACGAGUCCCGCGUCUGAAGACUCCAGUAUGGGUUCAAAUAAUUGUGAUCAGGAUCAUUUGCCCUGAUUAAUAAUAAUUGAAGAGUGAAAGAGUGCAGUGGGGGUUGCAACAGCUUCAGGGAUUGGAAAUUAUAUUUUUCAUUGGAGUUGUACUUUGACCGAACGACGCAUUCCAAUUGUUUGAAUGGUGAUGAUGAUUAUCUCUGUGAUUUCGUAUCUGGUGAUGCCGAUGGAGAUGAGAUAGGGUGGAUUGAUUUGUUCAGGUGUGAAAACCCAUGGAUAAUGAGUGAGGAGUGCCCCGGGGACAGGAAGAGGUACAUUUUCUUCGAGCAUCCUGACGUUAUUGUCCAGAGGGUCGAGGAUUCAGUAACGAUUCCCAGACACUCUCAACCCAGUCAGGACGUACAACUCCAGGGGUAUCCUUUCACCUUCAUUUCGGCGGUGAAACGAAAGCUGUCCCUCGCAGCCCAGAAUGACUGCCACCCGGAGGUGAAGCAUCAGGAUCCUUUGAUUCUUCCAGGUAUGGAUUUUGUGAAGCCCCUCAAGGUCCCGGACCUGAAGAUCCACCCGAAGACCCUGGAGUACUCCCCCCACAGGUCGAAACUUCCGAAUCCUCCGAAGGACUCCCCAAAGCCGGAAAAAACCUCGAAGGUCUCACUAGCCUAUCGUAAACUCGACUUCUCCGGGUCCGACUCUUUCACGACGAACGACGACAUCGAUCCCUUGAAGACACCGGAUAUCUCGUUCCCCUCGAGUCUGUCCAAGAAGAACUACUCCAGAGACUCGUCCCGAGAGAAAGAGAACAGGACAAAAAAAAUUCGAAAGGACGAAUCGAGUUUCUCGAAAGGGGAGGACUCGCACCUGGAGGACUCGUCGAAACGUCGAAACCUGCGGCACAUCUCGAGGAAGGACCUGGAGACAAUUGUCCAGAGAUCGAAGAUCGAGAGGUUCUCAGCGACAGAUUUGCUGAAUGCCAGAAAGUCCCAGAAGAAGACAGUUCCCUCAUCCUCGAAGAAGGACUCGAGAUCCCAUGGAAAGCCUAGGGAGAGGUCCUCGGAGGGUAGACGACCCCCGGAAUGGAUAUCCAAGUCGAGAGAGUCCUCCAGGGGCUCAGGGAGCGAGAAUUCCUUGCAGAAAUACCCGGAGGACAGCCAGAAGCACCGGGUGUCCUCGAAGGAUGUGAAGAAACUCCUGGAGAAGCCAAAGAGGUCAUCCCCGAAGAGCUACAGACACCCGAGUGAAAUAUCUGAGGACCUGGAGGUCUCAGAGGCUUCCAGGGGAAAGAGAAAACCAAAAGACGGGGAUAAAAUCGAGAGAUCCUUGACGGAUUCCACUGAGGUCUUUCUCGACCCCAGAAAAAUCUCCUUCAGGGAGGACAGCUACCCGCAGGAGGAGUUCGUCAAUCUGGUGACACCGGAGCUCAACCUGAAUCAUCGUCACAAGCACAGGAGAGAGGGCAAGCAGGAUAACGAUAAUCCCCCCGUCGAGGGUAACGAGGACGUCCUGGUGCAUCCCACAGCUCUCCACAUGCAAUUUCAGGCUGAGCUCCACCUCUUCGACUCCUGCAAUGAGUCCCUCAGGCAGGUAAUGGACGUGGAGAAUAGCCUGUACAAUGUAAAACAGGAUAAGGAGAGAGAAGGAAGAAAAUGUCUGGUGGGAGAACCAGAGAUCGAUGUCCCCCAGGUCGACGAGGAUCUGCCGCAGCGCCUUCAGGGCCUCGAGGAGCCCAAAAAACCUGCCAGAGAGGUUCACACUCAGACAGUGAAUGACAUCGCUACCCAGACAGAUACUCUGGAUCCUUCCAGGACUCAUCCAGGUAUCACUUACAAUAGAGGCUCUCUGGAUUUUCACAUUGACUCCCUGGAGAAGCUCGAGGUCUCCCUCCCCAGUCAGAUUCGUGCCAUGUCGGAGAUCAGUCUCCACGAGACGACGUCCUCUAUUAAAACCGAAACAGGAACUGAGAUUAGUAUCUCCACUAGGGAUGUUACGUGCUCCUUCAACAAGUACCUGGACCACGAGAUGGCUCAACUGAUCAAGGACGAAAAGCUGAUGUACGAUAAGAUCGAGAUGCUUUUCAAAUACAGAGAGAAAACCCUCAACGACAGAACGAAGAAGAUUGUGGAGCUGGAGGAGCAGAAGAGGGCACUCAGGGACACUGGACAGGACAGCAGGAUCAGCUCAGUGAAGAAGAAGCAGAGGGCUCUUCUCCUGAAGCUUCAGCAGGAGAAAGAGGAGAUGAAUCGACUGAAGGAGCUGCACAAGCUCGCGAGUCAGGAGAGAAAGCUCAUGCUCCAGAAGCAGAGGAACAUGUUCAAUCCCCAGAUGUCAACGAAGAAUAUUCUGACGAAGCUCAAGAGGUCUGCGGACUGUCAGUCCCCCAAGAGGCUUUCCGGCCCGAUGAAGGGAUAUGAUAUAAGAUCUAAUAGUUCUGUCAGCUCGCUGGUAGACUCUGAUAAAUCUCAUCUGGAGAGAUCUCGUCAGAGCCUCGAGAAGACUGAGCAGGUGCCCUCGAAACUCCUCCAGGAUACGAGUUAUUCCUCGCAGGUGGAGUCCCCCAAGAAAUACGAGGUUAAAGCCAGGAAGUUCGAGGAGAAGAUGCCCAGGGGAGAUGUGAUGAGGAUGAAGGCUCAGCAGAUCGAGGUUGAGGAGAAAUUGGCGAGGAAUGGUGUGACUCCUGGGGAGGGUGAGGAUAAGACAGAGUCUGAUACUCUUGUUGAGGACUUGAAUAGAAAGAACGAGGGGAUGAGGAAGGGAAAAAUUGAGGACAAGCCCAGGAAGGGCUCGCCGGAGGGUAAGGGCUUCAAGAAAAAGAGUUUGAAGGGGGUAAAGAAGGGGAAGGAGGGAAAAGAGGGAAAAGAGGAGGAUGGAAAGUACAAGAAGAGGGAGGACAGCUCGACUGAUAAUGUUGUGGAUCUUGAUGAGAGCCAGACUUCACUUCAGGCUCUUCUCAAGCACUCCAAGGCCGUCAAGGAGAAGAGUCAUAAGCUCAUGAGGGAUAUUGCCGAUGAGGACGCACAGGCCAUGAGUGUUGUCAAAGAGGGCGAGGACGGGGUUCAGGGACUUGGAAAUAUCUCCACCAGGUCUCAUGUCAGCACAUUUACCAUAUCGAGGCAUUCCUCUGGCGAUAGUGAGAAGAGCUACUCCAGGUCGGUCGUCAUCAGGUCGCAGGAUCAUCGGUUCAAGGGGCCCAAGAAACUCGCACAAUCCAAUUAUUCGAGGAUUUUGAAUGCACGAGAGGCUGCUCUAGCCACCAGGAGGAACUGCGUUGAGGAUUGGAUAGCUUGGCACGCCAGAUUAAAAGCCGAGGAGAGCAGAGUUGCACGGAUGGAAGAGGCUGCCUACAAGCUAGUCAGUGCAACGACAAAUGCUCUAUGCAAUGAUACGACUAUUUCAUCGGAUACGACUGACGUCGAGGAACGGGUCGAGCUUUUGGCGGAAAAAUUGACCGAGAGACGAGCUGAGAUGGCUAAAUUGAGGAGAGAAGCCAGAAGACAGGCCAAGCAGAGGUUGAAAGCUCUGGAGGCCAAUCUGCUCAAUCAAAUAAAGAAAUACGACUCGACAAUUCACGAAAUGCGUAAAAAAUUGGAUUCAAAGCGACCGAAGGAGAAUGGAAAACUUGCGAUAGAAGUGCGGACGAUAUCGGAUUUUAAGGUACCUGAGAUACCGAUGAAGCGGAUCCAGGAGAUCUACAAGAACAGCGACCUGCUGCAUUCACGAUCAGAGUCGGAUCUGAUAACCGGCACUCGCUCGUCUCCAGAUUCUAAUAAUCUGAAGCCCCUGAGCAGAAGCAUCGAGUCAGUGCUGGAGGAUGCCAGGAGGUCUACCCAGAUGAAUUCCUCCUCGGAGAUGAUCAACGAGGUCGAUUCGUCCCCUCCGAACUCGAAGAAGUCCACAUCAGAGAUUAAAACAGCCAGUGAUGCCUCGAUUUUCUCCCACAAGAUGGAUUUCCUCCAGCUGAAUAACAAGAACCUGGACGAUGAUAUCAACACCCUCGAAAACGACCUGAAGACCCUCUCGGAGAUGAUGUCAAUGUUCACGAGAAAGUCCGAGGAAAAGCGAUUGCAGACCCCAGAGGAUACCCCAGGGAGAAAUACGUCGAGGGACAUCAGCGAGGAGUUGACGAGGUCUGAGAGGAUUGAGACCGAGAUGGAGAGUCCCCAGGAGGUGUCGAAGGUAUCGUCUGAAGUCCUGGAGACCCCGCGGGCCACUUUGCAGAGCCCAGAAAAUAAAUCCAACGAAAUUCCGGAGACAAUUCACUCCGACACCUCCACUAAGGAAAUUCCGGUGGACACCGAGCAGUCAAUUCUCACAGAGACCCUCAAAUCCACUGGAAAUGAUCUGGAAAGGAGUGGAGCAGCCCUGGAGAGAAGUAUGGAAACCCUCCACAAGGAAAACGAGGCGCUAUCCUCAGAUUUCACGUCAAUAGAAGGGGAUAUCAAGUCGAUUUCCGAAAUAAUUUCGAAGAUGACUGAGAACAAGAGCUCCUUGGGGAUUCCUGAGGGCCUCGAGGGUCCAGUCGACACCCCACGGGUCGAGCUCCUUGAAGAUGACGUAGAAAAAAUAAUUUCCCAAACAGAAAACACAGAAUCAAUCCCUGAGGAACGACCAGAGUCCUCGAUUCCUGGGGAAUCUCCAGGCAAAUCCUCAGAGUCUUCAUCGAGGGAGCAAGUGGAUGGGGAAGAGGAUGGAAAUGAGAGUUCCCUGGUGUCGGAGAAGUCCUCAGGCCUGAAGAAUGUCUCCGAGAGGGAUUUCAGUAUCGACAGGAGUGACUGGACUGUUUCUGACUCCUUCGAGGUGCCCAGGGUCUCUUUAUUAUUGAACGAUGACGACGAAGAUCGUUACGAGCACGAGGAUUUCACCCAGGAGACGACGUAUGUUCAGGAAAAAAAUUCUCCAUUCCAGGAAAAUGAGGACUCGAUGUUUCUCCCUGGAGGGGAAUCGACUGCACUUCAUGGGGGUGAGGACGAGGAGCUGGACCAACCGGGGGUCCACACGGAUGAACUCGACGACAUUUUGGAUAUUAUCGAGAGGGACAGACAGGCGUCGGAGAGGCCCCAGGAUCUUCUCCCCCUUCCUGACGAAUUAAAUCUCGAUAUCAGGGAAAAUCUGGGGACUCAACAUCCCUCAGGGGAUUCGCCUCUGAAUCUCACAGCAGACGUCGAGCCAAUGCUCCAGAAAUUAACGGAAAUCCUCAUAAACGUCGAGAAAAAUAUUGCAAGGAGAACAGAGGAAAAAUCAGCCCUCGAAGACGACGAGGUUAAAUCGAAUUUACCGGAGAAUAUUGAUUUCAACGAUGAGAAUCUCGUGGAGACAGACAUAGAUGAGAAAAUUUCGAUGAAUGAUCAUCUGGAUGAGGCCCUGGACGAGCUGAAUCGCGAGGACGACUCCCCUGGUCCAUUAUCUGUCCCCGAGGAUGUUAAAACACCUGAAGAGCCACCGAGAUCUGCAAUUUCUAUCAGGCAGCCCCCAAAAAUUCAAGAAAUCAUCAGAGACCCCGAGUACGAGGAUAUCUCCGAGGAGAGUCUCGAGGUAUCCGAGAUCCUGGAUAAAUCGGACUCUCAGAGGUCCUCCAAGUCCUCCAAGUCCUCCAAAUCCUCCAAAUUCCCUGACAAACACCAGAUAAUUGAGAAAACCGAUGACGUCCUGAGGAUUCUCGAUGAGAUAUCCAGGAAGUCGAAGAUAUCGUCCCCAGGGAAUUCCCAGGAAAUCGUCGAUGCCUGCGGUGAUAUUUCCCCGGUGCCCUCAGGGGUUAUAAUCGAGGAGUUGAACGUCGAAAAAUCACCAGAGAACAGCGAAUUGGAAAAAUCGAGAAUUGAGCCGGUGAUUGAGGAGCCAGAAUCCAGAAAAAUUGAGAAAGAGGACUCGAGUGAUGCCGGUGACACCCCGAGGGAGAUAUCCGAGAUUGAUCUCGACUCCCCGAGGGAUCAGAAUGAAUCCAGACUGGACAUCGAGGCCCUGGACGACGAUUUACUGGGGAAUCCAGUGGAGAAGAGCGAGGACUAUCUCCCCGGGGAUAUCUCGACCUCAGAGAAGGACAUCGAGGUGAAGAUCGAUGAGCUCCAGGCAUCAUUGGGCCAGCCAGGACUGGCUGUUGCCGAGCUAGAAGCAAGACUCCUGAGAAUCGAGAAACUCCAGAUAGACCUCCAGAUCGAGAAAAUAAAAAAACUCGAGGAGGAAGAGAGACUCUACGUUCGAGAAAUUCCCAACAAGCCUCCACCCCCUUACACACCUCCUGGAGUUGUCAGACUGUCAUCCCCCCAGGUAUCACCGACAUUGCCCCCUGUGGUGGUCCCCACGAACGUCGAAGAGCUCACAGCAUUCACUGAGAAGGCAACAGCUCUAAUUUACAAUUCAAAAUUCAAUGAGGAGGAGAUUAUGGCUCUGGAAGCACCACUGGAAAUUCUGGAGUCCAGCAAGGACUCGAAUGAGACAUCCAAGAGGGACAGAAAAAUCUAUAAUACUUUUCUCUUUGAUCUGUGCAAGGAGACUAUCGCUGAGAUCUAUCAGUCUGAGUAUGAAAAACCUGGACCAAGCUGGACCAAACCCAGUGUCAAGACCAAACCAGCUAUAAAAAUACCAAAAAAUCUCCAGGAACUCACGGAUUAUGUUAAUAAGGAAGUCGCAACGCUGUUUGGAUUCAAGACGAAAUUGCAGAGGGAGAAUAUGGUGAUGCGGUGGAGUAGAAAGAGGAGGGACAGGGUUGAUGAAUUACUUGCCAGAGAGGCACAGGCUGAGGAGGACGAGUGGACAAAGUUUCAUCAUGAUGAGCUCGAUGUCAAAAAUGAACUAACCAUUGCUAUACUCGAUACUCUCGUUCUCGAGGCAACCAGUGUUGUUAAAGCUGCUUUCACCAAGAAGAAAAUUCUUGUCUAGAUUAUGACAUCGAGUUAUGCUCAAUAAGACGGUUUUUAUCCCUCAAUUUAUUCCAGUCGUUUCUCAAAUACUGAGUAAAUCCAAAAUUUUGGAUUGCAAAUCUCUUUUAUCGUUUUACUAUCGAUAUCAAUAUUUUUUUAUUUACAGGUUUUAUCAUUCAUGAAUUUUUAGAGCUUGAUAAUAAUUUAUAACGAUUUGUUUUAAUUAGUCUUUUUUGUGGGGUGAAUUUCAAUAGUGAGAUUUGAAUUUCAAAUUUUUUGGGUGUUUAUUCGGACGUUUGAGGAACAAUAUUAUAGAUUUUGCGGAGAAAAUCCCUCUGAUGCUCAACUAUAUUUAAUGAACUGAUAACUGAGUUAAUUACUGAAUAAUCAAUCGUAAGACUGAAUAAUUGGGGCCAUUCAUCUUCAAUUCCACAGCCUUCAACAACGAAAUGUACAGUUAUAGUUUUUAAUUUGUGGUUUAGUUUCCUUGUACCUGGACCUUUCACUUGCCAAUUAUUUUUGUUUGGGAAUUUGAGUUUUUACCGAGUAGGUUGUGAUGUAAAUACGACAGGUACGUUUUAUCCACUUGUGGCUGUUGAUUUAUCAGUGUUUUUUUGUCAAUCGACGAAUGAAGAAAAAAAGUAAUAAUUCGAGAAUCACAAAUCGAGCUUGACGUUACACCUGUUUGAGUAUGUAGUGUUAAAUCGUAUGUACUUAAUAUUUUAUAAUAAACUUUUUGACAUAAAUCGGGCUCUCCAGAGAAAAAAAAACAUCAUUUAUUCAGAUUCAAGUCUUCCAAUCCCAUUAUUUAUUUCGGCAAUGCCAUCGUUUCAUAUGAAAAAACAUGUGUCAAUGGACGAUACAUUAAUCUUCGUAUUGUUGUCUUUUUUUUUUCACAAAAAUUUAUCUGGUGAAAACAGGGAUAAAGUAUAAUAAACGGAUAAACUGUAAAUAAAAUGAGCGUUAUGUUAUAAAUACAGUAAAACUUAAUGAAAUAAUAAAUGUGGAUCAAGCAUUUUUCUCAAUAUUUAAAACCACACAACAAUGAAAAAUAGUUUUGUAAUUAUUUUCAAAAGGAGUCGAUGAAAACGUGGGAAUAUAUUAUCUCUAUCAUAUACUUAAACUAUUUUUUCCUCAAAUCGCAUCUCAGUGAAAUAUCGCCCCUAAUUAGAUAAAUUUCAUUUUCUCUCGUUACUUUCUUCUCCAAUGAAAAAACAUCAUGAUUCCAACUAAUGGUAAAAUUCAUUGUACCUAUGGGCUAAUCUCUAACAUCAGUGUUUUAAUGAAACACCUCGUAAUCGAAGAGAUGUGUAAUCGUUAAAGGAAAAAAGCGAAAUUUCACAAUUUACCAGUUCCUGGCUUCCAGAGGCUCCACUUUAAUCUCAGGAUAAUUUACCUAGAAUUGCCAUCGCAUCUCCCCACCCCCUAAACCUAGUUUAAACAUUAAUUCAUAAUUGGCACCGAGUCGUAUUACGAUUAAUAAUUCCUCCCAAAUGAUAGAUUUUUUUUUCCAUUACACGAUCGUUAGAUGAGCAGAAGUGACAGAUUGGUACCACGUGAUUAAAUUAUUUUUCAUCGAUUAAAUAGCCUCCCGAGUUCUCCCAAUCGAUUAGUUCAAGUACGCAAGUCACCGUGGAGUUUAUUGAUAAAUUAUAGAACACGUUUGUGCAUUUUUUUUUUUCACGAAUCACAUAUCAGCGGAUUUCAUGAUUCCAUCGAUGUUUCGAAUUGAUUACGAUCUAGAGAGAUUCUUCACGCCAAUCUAUUCGUCUAAAAUUCAAUCGACAGUCCGAUAUGUCAGAUGGAAUUCAAUUGAUAUUGCAAUAAUCAACGAAUUUCCGUGGCCCUCGGAUAAAUAA